AUGGUCAGGGCAUUGUCUGCGAAGGUGGUUGUUAGGGGGCUGCCUCCCAAAUUAAGGGCCGAUGAUUUCAUCAGGAUUGUUGACCCGCUACCCUCUCACACUUACUUUAGGUUUUGCGGUGCAGAUGACUCAUUGGGUGGUCUGGGGUUGACGCGGGUUUACAUUACAUUCAACGACAUGGAUUCUCUAUUCGACUUCAAAGAAAGGUUUGAUGGCUACAUUUUCUUGGAUUGCGAGGGAAAUGAGUCCUCUGCACUUGUAGAGUUUGCUGUUUGCCAGGCAUUGGCGUGUGCUAAAGGGUCUUCAGAUGAUAAUGGGGGAGGGAAAGUGGAUAAAAAACAGGGGUCUUUAUUGAAAGACUCAGUGUAUGUAAAAUUCUUAAACUCGCAAUCUGCUGAAGUUUGUGCCGAAGUAUCAGAAUCAGAGUCUAAAAAAACUCCCUGGGAAUCCAUUUUAGAUGAUCUCCAAAACAAGGAAGCGAAUGCUCUUCAAACACAAACCGUCACACCACUUUUAACCUACCUAAAUAACCGUGGUGGAGAUAUUAGACGUAAAGAUGAAGAAUCAUCACGUCACAGGCAGUUUAGACAAGGUAAUGCAUCUGCCAUCAAGAAAACACUGAAAGUGGACAAAUCUGUACGAAGUCAUCCACCAGUUAGGCGACCUCAUGAUAUAAAGCGUAUCUCUUGUGAUCGUAUUUGUGAAGUUUCAAACAAAGAAAACCCUCACCAUAACAGCACGGAAGAUUUGACUGGGGUUGAUCCAAAAAUGCAAAAAAAUAAAAAUUCCGAAAAGUUGAUCACAUUGGAUGCAAAUGAAUUUCCUGCCAUGCAAAGUUCCUGUCAGCGUCCAAACAGGUCUACGAAUCAGUGUUCCAGUUGGCCAUCAUUUCGGGCACCAAACAUUUCAGACGCAACAUCAGAAAAACCUGGUGCAUCAGCGUCCAGAAGUUCAGCCAUUGAAGCGGACUCAAAACCAUUUUCGAGGAUUUCCGACUCUAGUUCAGAAAAUAGAGUUAGAAUAAACCUUUCAGAAAUAGAAGGACACAAAUCAUCAGAAUGUGCGACAAAACCAACAUCAAAAGAAUUACUUCCAAAAUGUCAAAACGAACAAAUUUUGAGCAGCCAAAGUGAGCCAACACAUAACGGCCAGAAUUCAACUCCGGGCAACGCUUUUCGAACUAAAAAGGGAAAUUACUUCUCAGCCCGUCCAUCCGCUUUUGUCAAUCAGACGCGGAAACAUCCAAUUGUACAAUCUGAAGGAAGACGGGAUUCAGAUGCAAAUAUGCAGAAUUAUACUUCAGCCAGUCAUCAGGUUGAUGACCAAGAAAAUGUAUUUAGUCAUGAACGAUACAACAACUUUUCUAAGUCUGGGAUUCGUGGUCGCGAUAACCGACGUGGUACAGUCUCCAGUCAUGAGGUAUUUCAUAAUUCCUCUCGCGAUUCCUAUAAGGUAUCCCAACAAAUGUCCAGGGAAAGUGUUAUUCGUGGUUAUGACUGUAGAGGAGAGGGAGACUCUGUCAGAAGCGACCAUUAUUCUGACCAACAAAAUUCAAAUGCUCGGUAUUCUGGAGCUUCUCGAAACUCGUAUUUGUCAAGCAAAGGUCGAGUAAAUUCAGUGAACACUACCAGUUAUCGCCGUCCUGGUAAUUACGCUUCUCGUGGUCGUGGUUCUGGUUAUUAA